AUGGAGCGCUCGUUCUUGGUCGUGACCUCCCAGCGAACCAGUUGUCCGCACUGCCAGCAGCCUUUGCAGCAGGCAAAGCCAGGCUUGGCACCUGUCUCGCUUUUGCCCGGCCUCUGUCAGCUGGCGACGUACUGGUGUGGCUUUGCCGCCUUUCGUGUACCACGGGACAAGCAGCGGUGCACGUGGAGGAAAGAGGUGGACUUGCCUGACCCGGAUCAUUUCUUCCUCAAUUCACGCCUGGGUUUGGCAACGUCUUGGCUGCGCCGCUGGCGGUACAGAAUGUUUGCGCACAGAGCCAGCUUUCAGGGAGAAGGGGCGCUGCUGCGACUUACAAACACCAACGUCCGCUACCACAUCCGCCAUCAGCUUCGAGACGGUUGGGUGCGGGAGAUCCUCUGCCGGCGAGCUGUUGAAGCUGGUGCUGCCGUGUCUGAUGGUUUGCGCAAGAGUGUCUUGAAUGCGUCCAUUGAGACGCUGAUUGCAACCAAUUGGGCUUGGUACGAGCCACUGAUGUUUGCAAGGCGCCGGGCACAGAUGGAAGCUGCAGGAGACAGGCAGGAUAUCCUGGCUAUUGACGGGAACUGCAAGCUCCACAGACGCACGUGUGGAAUGCCUUUUGCAGAAGUGAUCGCUUCCCCGUACUUGAACAAACUUUUGCUGCGAGGCUGCAGCGCAAUGCCCCAUGGUCGAGACACUCUUUGCUGCAAGCAUGCAGGUGACAGGGACCGCCCACAACAGCCAAGGGCAGGGGAGACAUCGGCUCAAGAGAGCGCUUCACAGUCAGGGAGAUGCGUGUCACCUGGAAAUCCAAAUGCAAGGCCAUGGUGGCUGGCAGCCGGCGUGCACAGUCAAAGAGGAGGCCUUGGCCAAGUACUUUGCCUCCCAAGCUGA